AUGGGCGCGAUCGACCAGGUCUCAGUCCCGGAUCGAAGAAGAAGAAGUGAGAAUCUCCCGCUGCUCCCGGCUCAGACUGAUUAUAACCCGCAGAAGAAAGCGAACAUCAAGGAAGAGAUUGAGAAAGCUGUCAAGGUCUACAAGGACGAGCUCAAGGCUGUGCACAAGCUCGUUGCCAAACUGAAAGACCAAUAUCGAUCUGAGAUCGAGGCGCUGAAGAAAAGAGAGCAGCUCCUUCUCCAGGCACAGGCCCUCGCCUGA